CUCCCUCUCUCUCUUUUAGAAAAAAAGAGAAGAAUGUGUGUAAAUGUGUGUAUAUUAUGUGUAAAACAGCAAUACUGAAAAGAAAUGAGUUCUUGAGUUAAACUGCAGUAAAUUCUCUUGAACAAACCGGAAAAAGGAAACAGGUGCAGUUGCUGCAGAUGUGAAACAUGACUCGUUCAGAGCUUUUCUACACCUCAUGAGCGUCUCACAAACAGAAGCUGAGAAGGAAGCAGGAAGGAAGUGAAUUCAGCCUGAAGUUCUGAGUUACUGUGCAGAACAUCACUGGGGGCUGCUGCAGGGUCGAGCAGCGUCACAAAAACAACAAAAACAACAAUGUUUUGAAGCUGUGACUCCAUGAAGAGUGCGUGCAACCAUGGACCCUACAAUCGAAAAUGCUGGCACAUUACCUGGAGACAGUCAAACCCAGCUAAAAAGAUCCAACUCACCGGACGACAGCUGUGUCUCCAUGAAGAGUGAAUCCUCUAUGAAUUCUCCUCUGGAAUUCAAGGAUGGAGAUCGCUCAUCUGGACACAGUCAAACCCAGCUAAAAAGACCAGACUCACCGUUAGACAGCUGUGUCUCCAUGAAGAGUGAAUCCUCUAUGAAUUCUCCUCCGGAAUUCAAGGAUGGAGAUCGCUCAUCUGGACACAGUCAAACCCAGCUAAAAACAGUCGACUCACUGGUACACAGAAGUGUCUGUGCAUCUAUAAAUUCUCCUCCAGAAUUCAAGGAUGGAGAUCCCAAAUCUGGACACAGUCAAACCCAGCUAACAAGAUCUGAUUUACUGUUAGACAGCCACCGUGUCUUCAUGAAAAGUGAAUUAUCUAUGAAUUCUCCUCUAGAAUUCAAGGAUGGAGAUCCCCAAUCUGGACACAGUGCCCUAGAGCGAGUGACAGAGAAAACAGAACAGAAGAUCAGAAUCAGAGAUACAGGGUAUACAUCUGUAACCACUGGACCUCAUGUUCAGGAGAGAUGCAAAUUAAAUCUGGUAAAGAAGUUUCAGCACUUGAAUGAGGUGAUGACAAACCGGAGAAACCCAACACUUCUCAAUGAGAUCUACACAGAUCUCUACAUCACAGAAGGAGACAGUGGAAAAGUCAAUAAUGAACAUGAGGUGAGACAGAUCGAGGCAGCAUCCAGGAGAGCAGCAACAGCAGAAACACCUAUUAAAUGCAGUGAGAUCUUUAAGCCCUUAUCUGAAGAAGACAAACCCAUCAGGAUCGUUCUGACAAAGGGAGUCGCUGGCAUUGGAAAAACAGUCUCUGUGCAGAAAUUCAUUCUAGACUGGGCUGAAGGGAAAACAAAUCAGGAUGUUCUGCUCAUAUUUCCACUUCCUUUCAGAGAGCUCAAUCUGAUGAAGAAUCAAAAACGGAGCCUGGUGGAGCUUCUUCACUUCUUUUUGAAGGAGCAAAAAGAAACAAAUAUUUCCAGACUGGACAAAGUUCUGUUCAUUUUUGAUGGUUUGGAUGAGUGUCGUUUCUCUCUGGAUUUCCGGAACACAGUGAGAUUGUGUGAUGUAACUGAACCAGCAUCAGUAGAUGUUCUGCUGAUAAACCUGAUCAAAGGAAACCUGCUUCCCUCUGCUCUCAUCUGGAUCACCUCCAGACCAGCAGCAGCUGAUCAAAUCCCCCCUGAGUGUGUAGAUCGAGUCACAGAGGUACGAGGGUUCAAUGACCCUCAGAAGGAGGAAUAUUUCAGGAAGAGGAUCAGUGAUCAGAGCCUGAGCAGCAGAAUCAUCACACACCUGAAGUCAUUAAGAAGCCUUUACAUCAUGUGCCACAUCCCAGUCUUCUGCUGGAUUUCAGCCACUGUUCUAGAGAGAAUGUUGGGUGAAGCAGAGAGUGGAGAGAUCCCCAAGACUCUGACUCAAAUGUACACACACUUCCUCAUCAUUCAGACCAACUUCAUAAGAAAGAAGUACACAAAGAGCCAAGAGGCAGAUAAAGAAAUGCUUCUGAAACUGGGGAAACUGGCUUUUCAGCAGCUGAUGAAGGGCAACCUGAUCUUCUAUGAGGAAGACCUGAUGGAGUGUGGCAUUGAUGUGAAAGAAGCAUCAGUGUAUUCAGGUGUGUGUACACAGAUCUUCAGAGAGGAGUUUGGGCUUCACCAGAGUAAAGUGUACUGUUUUGUUCAUCUGAGCAUUCAGGAACAUCUCGCAGCUCUGUAUGUGCACCUGACUUUUAUUAAUGAAAAGAAAAAUGUUCUGAAGAACAAUCUGUUUUAUAAAAUUUUAAUGCUGUUCAGGAAACCCAAGAUGUCAGAUGUUCACAAGAGUGCUGUAGAUCAGGCUUUACAGAGUAAAAAUGGACAUCUGGAUCUUUUUCUUCGCUUUCUUCUGGGUCUCUCACUGGAGUCCAUUCAGAACCUACUACAAACCAUAAUGACACAGACAGGAAGUAGCUCUCACAAAACACAGGAAACAGUUGUUUACAUCAAGAAGAAGAUUAGAAAAAAUCCCUCAACAGAGAAAUCCAUUAAUCUGUUCCACUGUCUGAAUGAACUGGAAGAUCAUUCUCUCGUUGAGGAAAUCCAACUGUACCUGCAAUCUGGAAAUUUACAAAAAAGCAAACUGUCUUCUUCUCAGUGGUCUGCUGUGGUGUUUGUGUUACUGACAUCAGCACAGGAACAGGAUGUGUUUGACCUUAAUAAAUAUAGCAGCAAACACUGUACAUCAGAGGAGGUUCUACUGAAGCUCCUGCCUGUGGUUGCAGCAUCCAGAAAAGCUGAUUGUAGUAAUUGUGACCUGAAAGAAAAAGGCUGUUCAGCAUUGGCCUCAGUGCUCAGCUCUGAAUCCUCCAGUCUCAGAGAACUGGAUCUUUCUAAGAAUAAACUCAGAGACACAGAAGUAAAGUGUAUUUCAGCUGGACUGGGGAAUCCUCACUGUAACCUGGAGAUACUGAGCUUGUGUUAUUGUGGUGUCUCAGAUGAAGGUAUUGCUGCUCUGACUUCAGCUCUGAGAUCAAACCCCUCACAUCUGAGAGAACUGGAUCUGACUGGGAAUUACCUAAGAGACUCAGGAGUGGAGCGUCUCUCUGAUGUACUGGAGAAUCCUCAAUGUAAACUGGAGAUACUGAGGUUGUAUGAUUGUGUCUCAGAUGAAGGUUGUGCUGCUCUGACUUCAGCUCUCAGAUCAAACCCCUCACACCUUAGAGAACUGGAUCUGUGUAAGAAUAAACUCGGAGACUCAGAAGUGGAGUGUCUCUCAGCUGUACUGAAGAAUCCUCACUGUAAACUGGAGAUACUGAGGUUGUGUGGUUGUGGUGUCUCAGAUGAAGGUUGUGCUGCUCUGACUUCAGCCCUGGGAUCAAACCCCUCACAUGUGAAAAAACUUGAUCUGACUGGGAAUACACUUGGAGAUAAAGGAGUGAAGUGUCUCUCUGCUGUACUGGAGAAUCCUCACUGUAAAGUGGAGACACUGAGGUUGCGUAGAUGUGAUGUCUCAGAUGAAGGUUUUGCUACUCUGACUUCAGCUCUGAGAUCAAACCCCUCACACCUGAGAGAACUGGAUCUGUCUGAGAAUAAACUUAAAGAUUCAGCAGUGCAGUGUCUCUCUGCUGUACUGGAGAAUCCUCACUGUAAACUAGAGAUACUGAGCUUGUGCCGAUUUUAUAUGUCAGAUGAAGGUAUUGCUGCUCUGACUUCAGCUCUGAGAUCAAACCCCUCACACCUGAGAGAACUGGAUAUGUCUGGGAAUAAACUCAGAGACUCAGGAGUGAAGCAUUUCUCUGCUGUACUGGAGAAUCCACAAUUUAACCUGGAGAUACUGAGGUUGUGUGGUUGUGAAAUCUCAGAUGAAGGUUGUGCUGCUCUGACUUCAGCUCUGAGAUCAAACCCCUCACACCUGAGAGAACUGGAACUGACUGGAAAUACACUCAGAGACUCAGGAGUGAAGCAUCUCUCUGCUGGACUGGAGAAUCCUCAAUGUAAACUGGAGAUACUGAGGUUGCGUAACUGUGGUGUCUCAGAGGCAGGUUGUGAUGCUCUAGCUUUGGCUCUGAGAUCAGACCCCUCACACCUGAGAGAACUGGAUCUGACUGAGAAUGAACUCAAAAGUUCAGGAGUAAAGCGUCUUUCUGCUGGACUGGAGAAUCCUCACUGUAAACUGGAGAAACUGAGGUUGUGUAAUUGUGGUGUGACAGAUGAAGGUUGUGUUGCUCUGGCUUCAGCUCUAAAAUCAAACCCCUCACACCUGAGAGAACUUAAUCUGUCUGGAAAUAAACUCAAAGACUCUGAAAAGAAGCUGCUCUCCAGUCUUAAAGAUGAUAAACGUUACAAACUCCAGAUCCUGAUGAUGUAAACAAUUUUCAUCUGGUGCAGAUUCCAAUGAAGAGAUUUUUAUUAGAUGUGCUCCAUCACAGAGGUGUUUCCUGGACAUGUAUUUUGAAGACCAUGUUGGUGGUUUUACAGAGACGUGUUCCUGUGCUUGGUGUGAUUCUUCAUGUGUGUUUAAGAGAGCAGUGCUGCAGAAAUAAUAUCAGGACUAAACAUUUACUGAAUAUAAAAUAAUUGUUAUUAUGAUGUACAAACAUUUCCACAGUGACACCCUACAGGAUCCAGACCUCAUAGCAGGACUUGAGUUCUGGUUAAUGUUCCAGGUGAGGUCUCUAAAUGCACAUGUCUUUAUUUAUUUAACAUGUUCUUGUCAUGUUUAUUAUUUAAACAUCUUAAUUUAAGUUUUAACUUCCUAGUAAAGCACAAUUGUUUUUCCGUUUUUUUUAUAUUUAGUACAUCUAUAACUAUGUUUCUUACAUACUGUGAGUGUAAAGUGUACAACAUUUUUCUUUAUUUAACAUGUCGCUCUCCUUAUUUAGAAAUUUUUAUUUAAGUUGUAACUUUUUAGUAAAGCAUAAAUUUUGUACGUUUUGUAAUAUUUAGUACAUUUAUUAAUAUGUUUCUUACAUACUGUGAAUGUAAAGUGUACAACAUUUUUCUUUAUUUAACAUGUUCAUGUCGCUCUCCUUAUUUAAAAAUCUUAAUUUGAGUUUUAACUUCCUAGUAAAGCACAAUUGGUUUUCCGUUUUGUAAUAUUUAGUACAUCUAUAACUAUGUUUCUUACAUACUGUGAGUGUACAGUGUAAAACAUUUUUCUAUAUUUAACAUGUCGCUCUCCUUAUUUAGAAAUUUUCAUUUAAGUUGUAACUUUUUAGUAAAGCACAAUUGGUUUUCCGUUUUGUAAUUAUUUUUUUUAUUUGUCAGUGUUUUCUUAUAGACUGUGAGUGUAAAGUAUAAAACAUUCCGUUGUAAAUUCCAUAAAAAAUGACAAUA